GGUUGACAUGCGACAAGCAUCUGAGUGUUUUACAGAACUGAGCACUUCCUGCUAUUUUAAAUAAACCAGUAUUCUAGACAUGCUAAGGACGCUCCGCAACAGCGAAUCUGAGCUCUGCUCUACCUUACAUCUCUCAGAGCAACAGUUGCCAUAUCAGUGCAACGAGGAUGUGCGCACAGAGAGCCUGAAAUGAGCUGAGGUGAACAUUUUUAUUGGAUUUAACACCAAAUUCGUCCAAUACCGAGAUCUCAUAUUUAACAACCAUGCCCUCCAGCGUGAAGAUACGUGCCGUGCUGCUGUGGGGAGUGUGUGUGUUGUUUCCUGUGAAGUCGGUGACGAGUUCAGCACCAGAAAACAGCGGCAUGAACAUCACUGUUCCACCAGACAUCACAACCAACCAGCGAAUCACUGCAUAUACAAGCACGUUGCAGCCUGCAACCCUGCAUCCAGCAAAACCUGCAGAUGCUGCUGCUCAUGCGACGGAGGCAGCGUCACCCACAGUGGACCAUCAGAACGGUGACAGAAACACAAGUAAAAGUGAGAGCAGACAGCUUGGUUUGACUACUGCUGAAGAAGCAGUCAACCAUUCCAAACCUCUCGCCCCCACAGAAAAGGUGACGACUAAGGAUGUAGUUUCUGUAAAGACGACAACUGCAACUGCACAAACCUUCCCUGCAGGGCCGCCGUCAAGUACAAGCGAACCUCUGUCUGUCAGUCAAACAAUCACAGCUAGAAGAGAAGAAACUUCUGCUGCAGUGACCACAGCAAGUGGUGGAGUUAAAUCUUCCACUGCCGUCUUCACUGCUACAAGUGAAGAACAAAUUUCCUCGUCAAAGACCACAGGCCAUGCACACAAUGUUACAGACGUCACAUCAACUGGAAGUGGACUACAUCCGUCCACUGCCAUGACGACAGCUACGAGUGAAGUGCAACCAUUGUACAGUUCAACAACAGCAGAAGCAGUAAAUCAGACAACGGAUCAUCUCCUCCAGACAUCUGCCUCCAGUUUUACUAACACGACUCCUCCUGCAACACAUUCUGCAACUACUUCAGCCUCAUUUGUUUCUACUCGAAAUUCAACAACCAUUACUGGAUUCAGAUCAGAGGUACCUUCCACCACCUCUCUGGAUAACUCUACUCAGAGUACUUCCACCUCCAGAGGUCCCACAACUUCAGUUCCUACGACAGGAACCAUUAAGUCCACCAGCACAGAACUCUCAUCGAAAUCCUCUUCUGUUUCCGCCACCACUAACUUCAACUCUACAUCACCUGAACCUGUUUCCACUUCAACAGAUUAUUCCAACACCACCUCCAACUCUACCAGUCCAGCUGGAGCUUUUAUUCCUCAUGUCAUUGGGUCAACAACAAGCUCCGCUCCAUCGACUACAAAAGCUCCCUGCGAACCGUCAAAGGACUCGUCAAGCAGCGAGGUGCUGCCCUGCUCCACCAGGGGCGUGAAGCAGCAGUGCCUCAUAGUUAUCGCCGUCUUGGCCUUGGUGGCCACCAUCUUUGUAAUUUCCACCAUUGUCCUUUGCAUCAAGUUGUCAGCAAGAAAAUACAAAGUUAGGAAACCUCAGCAGGACACGGAGAUGAUGUGCAUCUCCUCUCUGCUGCCUGAUAGGAGUCACAACUACAUAAGGCAGCGCAAUCCAGUGAGCAACGGAGUCCUGGUGUUCCCUACGGGAGGAGACAGCGACGAGGAAGGUGGGGAUAAUCUCACUCUCAGCAGCUUCCUGCCAGAAAAUGACCGCUAUGUUUAGCUGAUUUGGUGCAGCUUUGUGAGACAGAAUGGAUCUGCCUGGGAUCAGUGAUGCAGAAAUCGAGUCAGUUUAUGUGGUAGACACAAAAACCACACUUACCACUUAAUGUUCAAAGCUGGAUCACCUACAUCUGACAUUUGACCUGAAGGAUGUUGACUUUGAGCAAAACUUGUCAUUUUUGCAUAACUUUACACACGUUCUCCCCCCUCAUGGGAGAAUUUAAAACCAGGAUGCAGAGAACGAUCAAAGCUGCUCUCUUUUUUUUUUUCUUUCAAACAUCCGGACCAAAACCUCUUGUGGGAUUUCACUUUGCAACAAGAGACAGGAAGCCUUUGCUUUGUCAAGAAACAUCUCUUCUUCACAGAGACUGCUCAGUUUUUUUGGAAACUGAAGACUUAACUGUUUAAUAUCGAACUUUAUUGAAGAGAUUUUAUCGUUUAUCUGUGUGUAAAAGCACACGUUUUGAACUGCAAUAAUUGUAUUUUCCUUUAAUGUUAUGUGCAUGGAUUAUAAAAAGUUGACACACCUAUUGACAUGACAGGUUUUUUUGCAACCAAUAUUACUUCCAGUUAAUUCAGAACCUUAGUUAAUUAAAAAGUCUGAAAUAUUUUAAAGAACUUAGAGAGGUGGAUUUACAAACUAAAAUAAUGUGGUUGCAUGUUAUCCGAUCUGAUUCAGGUCUGAGCACUGACUGGACCCAUUCAAAAUUUGAUUCUUCUUCCAGUAAAGGCAUCCUUCCAUUUUGAACAGUGAUCAUUUUCAUAAAAAACUCGUUUUUUUUAAUGUGCACCACUUGUAGUUUUAACAGAUUCCCCAACCUGAGUGCUGCAUCUCUGCAUCUGAAUAAUGUUCUCCUUUCCUGUCUGGUUAGUUUUGCUAGUUUUGGGAUUUGUUACCUGUUUAGUUGCUAACUCCUAUUUAUAGCUGAAAACAAAAUACAACAAAAGGGACAUGGUAAAAAGUAGGUAUUUUACGGCAUUACGUGUCGUUCCUUAAACCAGGGACAAAUAUCUGAAAUGACGAUAGCUAAUACUAGCAAUUUUCACCACAGUCUAAAUGCACUCAGUCAUGUUGAAAACCAAACUAAAAGUUCCUCACUGAGUUCUGUAUUUUCUAGUCCUUUAUUGUUGUUUUUUUUUAACUACAAACCUGACAAAUCCGACUUCCCAGCACAAAGAAAAUCCAAAAUUGGAGUCGUUGUCCAAAAGGUUUUUUUUUUACUUCCUCAGUGUUUUAGCAGAAACUUAAAGUUUUCUGCUAAAAGUAAAACAUUAUGGUCAAAAACUGUGAUACUGGUUCCAUCAGUCCACAAACCGUUUUCCAAAGUAUUUUUGUUGAAUUUGAGCCACCAUCUUGCCAUCUUGUCCCAGUUCCCAGACGUGCUUUACAGCCAGUACCACCCAGAAUCUGGAUCAGUAUUCUUAUUUUUGUCAUAACAUCUGAUGAUGUUUGUCUUCCUUAAGCUCCACUGUGUUUCUAACACUUUGGAGAAAGUUUGCGCCUUAUCCUGACUGAUACCUUUUUGACACUUUGAUACUCCUUUAAGAAACCAUUGCUUUCAUUGAGAUGUGAUGAAGAAAAUGUUAGGAAAUGCCUACUCGCAGAGUUUUACUUUACUUGGAGUUCAUCAGAGGAACCUUAAAAUGAGUGAGCGACAACAGAGUGAACCACAAUAUUUGAUUUAUUAUUCAUCCCCAUUUUAAAAAUAUGUUUGUUGUUUUAGCUAAUUUGCACAGAGAAAAUAUUUGAUGAAAAGUUGUGAAAUUAUUCAUCUUGGUGUCAGUUUUAUGCGUCAUAUUUUAACUUGGGUGUGUAUACUUAAUAUUCACUGCAGGAUUUCUUAUUUAUUUUUUUGGCAGCUUUGAGAAAAAUCUUUGCAUAAGUUUUUUGGAAGAAAGCAUAAAAAAGUCCAGAGAGUGCUGGUAUGGUUGACAGUGAAGGGGCCCAAGUUAAGUUUUAGUUGUUUAUUUCUUGGAAAUUGUAGACUUAAAAAUAUAUGAAUGUAUAUUUUUUUAUUAUUUCUGCAGGAAACGUUUUAUGUUUUGUUGUCUCCAUUUUGUUCGCUCUUAAUAAUACUCUUAUAAAAAGUCCAGUCCACUCAGACUGGUAAAUAAGGAUGCUAUUUUGAUACAUGUGCUUUCCUCAAAGAUUAAUCUGUAAUUGAUGAGAAACGUGAGAAUAGAGAUUUGUACUAUUGAAGUUGUGACUCCAGGAAAUUGAGGAUGAGUCAACGUCAUUUUGGCCUUUCUAUGCACAAAAUCAAAAAUCACAAUUUUGCAUUAUGAACUUAGACUUAAUGUUUGGAUUUUUUUUUUUUUUUCGUUUAAUGUUACACAUUAGACAUGUACUGUGUACUGUUUAAAAUUGGAAAAACCAGAAAUCUCUUUAGGAAGCUAAAUGAGAUUUGGUCAAAUCGAUUAAACUUUAGCUCCCUCUUCUCUGUAGUUGAGCUGAUUAAUAAUGCAUUUACUAUGUACGUUCGCUGUAGAAAACAGUGUCUUUCAUUAUUAAAUGUGUAGUUUUGGUACUUCUUUUGUAACUUCUGUUUACGGCUCUCCAAAUGGCAGAGUUAUAAUAAAACUGGAUCUUCUCUAAACUCA